AUGUGGCAGCCACUCCGCACAACCAGCAGCAUGCUGCCAAGGAGCAAAGUGGCCUGUGCAGAGAUUGAAUGUAGACUGCAGUGCACCACUUGUUCUGGAUUCAUGUGGAUCAGUAUCAGAAAGAAGUUAGCAGUACAGAAGAUUCAUUAUAAAAUUCUAAAAGGUCAUUCAGAUGCUGUUACCUCCUGUCAUUUCUGUUUUGAUGAUACAAAAAUUCUUUCUGGCUCUUACGACAGCACAGUGAAACUCUGGGAUAUUGCCAGUUCUGUCUCUGUUCAGAGUUUUAAGGAUAAGCACACUGGACCCAUUUCUGAAUGCUGCCUGAGUCCUGAUAACAAAAGGUUGAUAACAGCGUCAUAUGAUAAAACUCUAAAGGCCUGGGAUACUGAAACCGGGAAAAUGCUUUGGUCUCUAGAGCAGGAUGGCCUUCUAACUUCAUGUCAUAUUUCUCAUGACGGUAAAUAUGUUGCCUCUGGAUCAGAUAUGGAAAAUGCUUUGUUCAUCUGUGAUGCAGAAAAUGCUAAACAAGUGGCAUUCUUCAGAGACUAUCACAGAAGCACAGUGAAAAGAUGCCGGUUUGAUCCGCACAAUCAGCGCGUAGUUACAGUAUCAUCUGACAUGUCUAUAAAGUUCUGGGAUAUUAUCGCAAGGUCCACCACAGUCACAAUUGAACGGGCACACAACAAUGCAAUUUCAGAUUGCUGUUUUUCCUUGGAUGGCCAUUACUUGUGUACAGCAGGUUGGGAUGAAGACAUAAAGUUAUGGGAUAUCAGAACAGGAGAGUUCCGUUCUCAUGGGCCCAUGAUAUUGGAGCAAGGUCAUAUAGGUAUUGUUGGCUGCUGUGAUAUUAGUAAAGAUGCAUCAGUUGUGGUAUCUGGAGGUUGUGACAAAAACAUUGUUAUCUGGGAUUUACAAGAAGCAUAUAAAAAGCUAAGUUUAAAGGGCCAUGGAGGCUGGGUGACAGACAUUGCAAUUAGUAGUGACAAGAAGCAUCUUGUUUCUUCCUCAAAGGACUGUACUGUGAGAGUAUGGGACAUUGAAAAUGCUAAUGAGAUCCCUGUGGUGAUACAAACCAUAAAAGCAAGAGGCUCCAGGAUAGCUAAGUGUGAAGAAUGUGAGAAGUCUUUCCUGAUCUUCCAGAAUGAUGAAAACAAAGUGGAAACCAUGUGUGUUUUCUGUCGACUGGCAACUCGGAAGGCAAAUGUCUUACCAGUGCCGCCUCCUUUGCCUCCUGAUCUCUAAAGAUUUCAGCAAUGAACAACUGUUAAAAUGCUUGUGUGUGCUUCAAUUGUUAAAACAAACCUAUGUCUGUAAUGUGAUGUUUAGAAGAUAUUUAUCUGCAUAUACAGAACUCUUUUUUUUUAAAGUCCAGACUGAAUUUGAAAUUCUCAC